CAGCCAUCUACAAUCCCGCCCCUCUGGAGGAGGAGCCUCUAAGCCAAAGGCCUUCUCCGUAGAGGCCGCUCUUGCAGGCCCGGCUAUUGCCGAGCUUAGGUUGUCGCUCGCUCGGUGGCGCAGCUCUUGGGCCGGGGCUGCCCUGUGGCAUGGGCGAGCGCCGGGGCUGUCUUGCGUCGUGUGGCGCUGCUAGGCCGGAGGGCGACAAGAUCUCCCUGUCUGGCCCUCAGGACUCUCUUCAGGCUACUCCUCUUCCCAAUCCUCUUCCACACCACACUUGAGUACUUUUGACUGGCUGAAGUGUGUCCUUGAACUAUAAUGAUGCCUCUUGCUUGCCUUGGUGGAGAGAGAAUUUGUGUAUACACCUCUGAUUUAUACUGUUCAAAGAGGUUGUUGUCUUCAGAUGGUAUUGAAAACAGCUUAAAAUCAAACGAAGAGCCUCUUUUAAGGAAAAACCCUCGUCGAUUUGUCAUCUUCCCAAUCCAGUAUCCGGACAUAUGGAAAAUGUACAAGCAGGCUCAAGCUUCCUUCUGGACAGCGGAAGAAGUUGACUUAUCAAAGGAUCUUCCUCACUGGAACAAGCUAAAAUCAGAAGAAAAAUAUUUUAUUUCACAUAUCCUGGCUUUUUUUGCAGCCAGUGAUGGAAUUGUGAAUGAAAACUUGGUGGAACGUUUUAGUCAAGAAGUGCAGAUCCCAGAAGCUCGCUGUUUCUAUGGCUUUCAGAUACUAAUAGAAAAUGUUCACUCAGAGAUGUACAGUUUAUUAAUAGACACUUACAUCAAGGAUCCUGAGAAAAGGGACUUCUUAUUUAACGCUAUUGAAACAAUGCCGUGUGUCAAGAAGAAAGCUGACUGGGCGCUGAGGUGGAUAAGAGACAGGGAAGCCACUUUUGGGGAGAGAGUGGUUGCUUUUGCUGCAGUCGAAGGGAUUUUCUUUUCGGGAGCUUUUGCAGCUAUAUUUUGGCUCAAGAAAAGAGGACUGAUGCCGGGUCUCACAUUCUCCAAUGAACUCAUUAGCAGAGAUGAAGGUCUUCAUUGUGACUUUGCUUGCCUAAUGUUUCAGCAUUUAGUGAAUAAACCUUCGGAAGAAAGAGUCAAAGAGAUUGUUGUCAAUGCAGUUGAAAUUGAACAGGAGUUUUUGACAGAGGCCUUGCCAGUUGGCUUGAUUGGGAUGAAUUGCACUCUAAUGAAACAAUAUAUUGAGUUUGUAGCAGAUCGGUUACUUCUGGAACUGGGCUUCUCCAAGGCCUUUCAAGCAGAAAACCCUUUUGACUUCAUGGAGAACAUUUCACUGGAAGGAAAAACCAAUUUCUUUGAGAAGAGGGUUUCGGAGUAUCAGCGUUUUGCAGUUAUGACUGAAACAAAUGAUAAUGUUUUUACUUUGGAUGCUGACUUUUAAUACUGCCUUAUUUGGAAAAUGAAUGCUGCCAAAAAUGUUCAUUCAUUGCUGGCUGAUGCAAAAGCUGCUGUUUCUUCUACUGGAUGUAGGGGGUCCUGGGAAUAUUUUUCCAGCUUCCCACAUAUGAAGUUUUUUAUACAACAUAUUUAUUGCAGGUUGUUCUAUAAACAUUUUUUGUGUGUGUGUACUCUCUAUGAAAAGUUCCUUCUAUAAAUCAUGCAACUUUUAUACAUACAGUUUUAAACUAAUAUAAUUGUGGUAUUUGUGUAAGCCUCAGUUUGCUAAAUAUUUUAUAUAGACCAGAAAGAUCACAGUCCUCAACCUGGCCCAAGGGCUGGCUAAGGGACCCUAGGAUACUGCGUAAGUGAUGCUGUGUUGGCGGAGAGGAGUUCCACUGGCAGGGCAGCACCUACGUCCCUAGCAUGCCUGCAAAAAGCUCAAUUAGAGUGGAUGCACCAUUAAUGGCGAAUUGCCAGUGCUAGGGCUUGAAAGGAGGAGGAUUGUGGGAGGCCUUGAAUCUGCAGGAUCCAAAGCCUCUUGAAAAGGGCAAAAACUAUGUCAGUCCUGGAACAGGUGUAGCAAUUUCCCUUUGCAUUGAUGUCAAAGAGCCUCCCCCCCCCCAGUUCUGGCUUGGGUGAACAGCAAGGUGUAGGACAGGUGUGCAGAACCUUUGGCCCUCCAGAUGGUCCUGAACAACCACUCCCAUCUGCCCCAGUAGGCAUGGGCAAGGCCAGGGAUGAUCGGAGUUGUAGUUUAGCAACAUCUGGAGAGCCAAAGGUUCCCCCCACAAGGCAUGGGAAAUGGCAGUUUCUUUGCCACAGGGUCUCCAGUGCCCCAGUUUAGAAUUGCUUGGCCAGCUGUGAGUUGAAUAAUGGUAAUAACAAAAGCCUUAAUUGCACAGUAAAAUGUACUGUCCCUUUAUGCUCUUGAUUCAUUGUGCUAAGAUGUAUGUGCUGGCUGCAUUUCAAUUCUUGACUUCUUAAGCCAAGGUAUGCACAAGCCUUUUACAUCUACAAGCAGCUUCUUCACUCCUCCCUGAACUAUGAUUAAACCAGAAAGGCUCUAAUUAACCAUGGUUUUGUUGUGUUUGAAAAGGAAACUAUGAAACUUCCUGAAUGUGCCAGGAUAUUAAACCGUAUACUGAAGUUGUUUUACUAUGUUGGCUUGUUCUAAAACAAGUAACUAUAGUUUCCUGGCUUCAGUGAAACAGGACAAUGGUUAAUUAGAACCUUCCUGGUUUAAUCAUGGCUCAAGCUUCGGGGUUUAUGUACAAACAAGAGGCUUAUAGAUGUGAUCAUCUGAAUCAGGCCACUCUUUCAGAGGGCUCCCCAGAGAUGCUCCAGGGUAAUUCCUCCUUGUACCAAAAAAGAUGGUCUUUCAUUCCAGUCUCUAUCUAAAGUUAGUAGGUAUUUUGCAUUGCAGAGUCAAAAUCUUAUGACUUUCCUUCUAGCAGUUGGCCAGGACAUAGAUGGAAGGCACAUGAUGCAGUUCCUUUGUUGAACCUAAGCAGAUCUGAGUCCUGUGAGGGCAUGGAUAAGAGACUACUGGAAUGCCCCAUGUAUACCAACUUUUUGUUCUUGGAAGAAAAAAUCAGAUCUUAAUUGGCUGACUAAAUAACAUUAAUAGCCAAAGGCAACAGUUGUUCUCAGUGCUCAGUUGAAAACAGGGUGCACUUAUCCUUGGCAUUUUGUUUUGCCAUUAAAUAAGAUGCAGCACUACAGCCAUAGCACAUGUGCCUUGAAGAGGCGCUGACAUAUGCACAGCUUCUGCUGUCACUAGGAAGAACUGCAGCUAUCACAGUAGUAAUAGAUGAAAAAGAAUGCAGUAGUAAUGGAAAAGCAGUGGAGGGUUGUUCAGGCAGUUUUUUGUGCUGGCAUACUUAUUGAUUGAUCUAAGUAUUGCAUUUUAUUGUUUUAUGUUGAGUGUAAUACCUUAUGUUGGGAGCCACACUGAAAUAGCAGUGUGUGAUGAAAGGUGAUCUAGAAAUUUUGGAAGUCAAUAACAAGAGGAGGAAUCACCUUGGUGAGAAUUUUCUGAAAAACAGUUUGCACAACUACUCUUCAAAUGUUUUCAAAUGUUAUAUAUAUAGCACAGCCAAAAUUCGCGCUCCACAGGGUAUAGUAUACUUUCUCGAUUGCUUGGAGAAAAACCCAUUUUAGUGAACGAUGCAGAUGGUGAAGGGGUUGCCAACCUGACAAAGGCCUUCAUUGGCACACAAGGCAGAGGCAUCAGACUCUGAGCUUUAAUUUUUUUUUAAGUAAGUCUCUAGUCAUAGUGAUUUCUUUGAAAUGAACCAGCCUGGCUGCUCCAGCUUGCUGUUUUUAGCCAAGGAAGGAAUGCAGUGGGUAGAGAAUGGCAGCCUAGGCUUUGGGUGAGGAUUGGCAUUGGGGAAAGCAGGGUUCUUGUGCCUUUUAACAGGAACAGCUAUAUCUCCACAGUCAGGACCAGCAGGACAUAGCUAACCACAUAAGCUUCAGUGACUGUACUCUCCCUAAUUUUGUGCUAUGCCAUCUCCCCAUGGCAGCCAUGCUAUGUUAUGCCAUCCCUGCCCCCUCAUGGCAGCCAUGUUGUAACUGGUGCUCUCAGCACCUUCCCCUCUGGGGAAGGGCCAUAGCUGAGAGGUAGAGCAUCUGCCUUGCAUGCAGAAGGUCCCAAGUUUGAUCCCCUGCAUCUCCAGGUAGGGCUGGGAGAGACUCCUUCUUGAAACCCUGGACAGCCACUGCCAGUUAGUGUAGACAGUACUGGGCUAGAUGGACCAACGGUCUGACUCAGCAUUAGGCAGCUUCCUGUGUUCCUAAAAUUCAAAGUGGGCCCACUGGUCCAAAAAGAUUGGCAACUCCUGAGACGGUGGAUUCAAUACAUAAGACUGUUCACUUCAGCUGGAGGUGAAUUCACACUAUGUAAAUAUUUAAAGAUUUGCAGUGCUAGGCAUUGCUGUAGCUAUAGCACUAACUGAUUGCUUUAACUGUUCUUUCAAAUAGUGGAGCUAUACCAGUUACACUAAAUUACCCUUACGAAGCAAUUCCAUUCAGGAGUCUCUGGGAGUGGCUAUCGCUGGCUGAGCGAUAGUGGCCCCGAGAAUUGGACCCUAGGUCACAUAACCAAGCUGAACAGGGCUUGGAAUGGGUGUACAUGUCCUUCCUUGUCUUGUACUGCUCCACCUCUGUCACUCCCUUGGAACACCCCUUUCUUGGGAUUUAAGCCGGCAUUGUUUAAGCUGUUUUUAAUACGGUAUUUUAUAUUGUUGAGAAACACCCUAGGACCUUCCGGUGCACCCUUUCCCAACCGGUGUGCCUCCAGAUGUUGGACCACAACUCCCAUCAGCCUCAGCCAUUGGCAAUGCUGGCUGAGGCUGAUGGGAGUUGUGGUCCAACAACAUCUGGAGGCACACUGGUUGGGAAAGGCUGUUCUGGUGAAAGGCUGGUAAUAAAUCUAACAAUGAUAAUAACAACAGUUAUUCCAACAACUACAACAAUCCCGACUGAGCCAGGGUGAGGGACAUCUCUGGCUUAGCUGGAGUGAGGGACUUACAAUGGUGUAGCCCAAGAUGUGCCAAAUCCAAACUCCCUUAUCCUGACAGAUCUUCGGUUUGGAUUGUGGGGUUGGAGAGCUAGACUGCUGUAGUGGAUAGAACUUUAGAUAGAGACUCUGGAGAUAUGGGCUCAAAUUGGCUUUCAGCUAUAGCUCGGGCCAGUCACACGCUCCCUCACUCUCAACCUACCUCACAGCGUUCUUUCUUGUGAGGAUAAAAUUGGGGGAGGAUAAAAUUUGUAGCCUUAUGCUCCUUGAAGGGAGGGCAAGAAGGUAGAAAAUAAGUGAAAUAAAUAAUCCUGCAGUUUGGGAACAAAGAGAAGGAUGGAUUCACAGGCUAAACCAGUGGUUUUUAGAUGAUUUCAUUUUAAUUUUCACAAUAGAGGUGUAUGUAAUUCAACUAUUUUUUGCAAUGAAACAUGGUUUGAAUUUAUAUAGCCACUGAAGACAAAUGCAGUGUGUACUUUGGAAUAGGAAAAGGACAACUGGUUGUUUGACUGGUCCACUUCAGCACUUUAUUUUCUUUAGAAACCAUCAUUCUGGCUACUCAAAACAGGUGCAAUCUCUGCCAUGGCUUGCUUCAGAAGGACUCAUAAAAGGGCCUGAAGACUUUUUGGCUGCGAAUGUGGACAUCUGUUCACAGCAGCCAUCAGUGAGGGCAGUAUAGUUGACCAUUUAGCUUACAGCAUCUCUAAGUUGGACUUCACAAUAUCAGGGUUGGUUCUUUGAAGCUUUUCUUCCAUAUACCAUAUACCAGGAGGUAAACAUCAAAGCCAGAAACUGGCUGGCCACAGUAGUGAAUGGAAAAAAGAUAAAGGCUGUAGAGGUUCUUGCACAAAGCCAGCCCUGCUUGAAGAAUAUUCUGAGUCCAUUUUUUGCAGGCAGGGGAUAGGCAUUCAUGUGCCUGCAUGUUUUUAUUAUUGUUUAUUAAUUAUAUAGCCCUUUUGUGUUGCAGUUGUUGUCCUUAAUUCAGCUGUAAUCAAACUAGUGGCCCUAUAUAGGAUAUGUAUUCCUAACUCCAUCAGAAGAUGCUUCCAGCUCGUUCAGUAGUCCCUGGCUGAGAGCUGCGGUGCGAUGGCUGUGCAUGAAGAGGUCUUUCAAAGUACACAAAUCUCCUUUGCUAGAUCAAGGUGUUGACGAUGCUCCUCACAAUAGACCUGUGAGAGAGAUGGUUAAUCUUAACUCUUGCUGGCCCUGGACCUACAUAUCAUAAAGAUGGAUACUUCGUGACAGACUUGAGUCAUUUUGAAAUGUCUGGAAGCAGCUUCACCUGCUCAUUCCUUUGAGCCAGAUGUAUUCUCUCACCAUGUUUGCAUGCAUGCACGUGUGGGAGUACAUCUCCUGUGGCCACAAAAAUUAAUAUGAGCACUCAGUCUGUGAGGACAGGCAUACUGAAGAAGGGCAGAGGGAAAUGUUUCCUGGUUUGCUGUUCCUUUUUUAAAAAAAAUAUGAAGCGAUACAAAUAAAAUUUGGU